GCUGAGCAGAGAGAGGAUAAAAAUAAGACGAAGUCUAUAUAAUAGGGGGAAGUUGAGGGGGGAGAUGGAGGUUGAUGAUUCCUUCAAAAGGCCAGGAUCCAUCCCGUUCAAGUGGGAGGUUCAGCCGGGUGUUCCCAAGCAGAAGAACAUCAUCGGUCCAGACUCGCCUCAAAAACUCUGCCUGCCGCCGGUCUUGUGCGCCAUCAGCCUCCCUCAGUCCCCUGCUCUCUUCCCCCCUCCUCCGUUGAUGAUAGGGAGAACUAACGAGGGAAAGGCCGUGAAGGUGUUUGCGAUGCUUCGGCGCCUGUCCAUGUCCAAUCGCUUUGCGUCGGUCCGAGGCAGGCACUCGAUGAGGCACGAUGAGUUCGAGGAAAGCAGCAGCUCGCUGGCCCUAUCUGAUGCAAGCAGUGUUCGAAGUCAAGACUUGGAUGCAUAGAAAUUGUGAUCUACUUCUCGUGUGUAAUUGGAAUGGGAGCAAUCUCCAUCUGUUGUCGUUACUUGUUGGUUGGCACUAAACCGAGAACGUCAGAAGAAUUGUAGCAGAGGAAUGUUAUUGCCCGUCUCUGUAAAAGAAUUCUCAAUCCAAUAGUCUUAUCAACUUUCUUGCAGGUAAA